AUGCUCAACCCCAUGAGCGGGAGGAACUACCAAGGAUACCUUCAGGCCAACCAGUCCGUCUUGGAGGAAGAGGACGAGAACGAUCAGGAUGAGACCCUUGGAGAAACCAGAUCUCCGUUUCGAAGCAACAGCCGUGCCAGACGCGUGUCUUGGGGUGAAUCGUCUCGCAUGAAGACUAUACAGCAUAAUGUGCCUGGCCAGCUAGAAGCCGAGCACGAUGACUCCUCAGAUGGCGAGGUUCCACAGAGUUUCAUGAUAGAGAGAACCAAUCACGCAAAGAGACAACAUACGGCGGGCCAACCAAAGGGCAAGGGAAAGCAAACCGCGAAGCAUACGUCUCUGCAGUCUGGUGCUCAACCCAUUCUUCCCGUCACAAAUCAGGAUAGCCUACGUUUACCUCCAAGGCCCUCGGAGAUCGACCCUCCGGUCAAUGACGAGCCCCAGGUGCAGAAUGCGCGGAAGCAGAUGCGAGGAUUAGAUGCAUACGAACGUGCAUUGUGGAAUUGGAUCAAUGUCUACGAUUUAGAUGUAUUCUUGCAAGAUGUAUACAGAUAUUACGCAGGCAAAGGAAUAUUCUCUAUCGCUCUAGCCCGCAGUCUUCACCUUCUCACCGUUGGCUUUACCAUAUUUUUCUCAACAUUUUUGCUUAAUUGCAUCGACUAUUCGCGCAUCAAGCCUGAAGGAAUCACGAGGUUAUCAGAUGUAAUAGUGGACCGUUGUGUAGCAAGAUUAUCUGGAAUGACCGUCAUAUUCUUCAUGUUCUUCGGCGCAUACUACACUUUACAAAUUGUCUCAUAUGUAUUCGAGAUAAUGAGGCUGGUAGACAUGUAUCGCUUCUAUACGUAUCUUCUUGGCGUUCCAGACGCAGAUAUACAGACGAUCUCUUGGCCAGAAAUCGUUCGACGCAUUGAGAGCAUACGCGAAGAUAAUCCAGUAACGGCAUUAUCAUCGGCAGCUCAGGUCAACCCAUCGUCCUCCAUGACAGCAAAACUUGAUGCACAUGACAUAGCGAAUCGCAUCAUGCGUGAAGAAAACUAUUUAAUAGCCCUUUUUAACAAGGACCUACUAGACCUCCGAAUUCCGUUACCGCAUGUCGUGGCCAAUACUUUCAAUGCCGAUGGAAGAAACGGUUUGACCCUGAGCACAGCGCUAGAGCAUAAUCUAAGAAUCUGUCUCAUGCGCUUCCUGUUUGACUCGAGAGGACGCGUUAGAGAAGUGUUCCUAAAGGAACGAAAUAGAGCUGCGUUGAUUAAAGAGUUGAGAUAUCGCUUCAUUUUUAUGGGAAUUCUGAACGCGGUUCUUGCCCCGUUUAUUGUUCUUUAUCUCUUGAUGUUUUAUUUCUUCAAAUACUUCGAAGAAUACCACAAGAACCCAACGUCCAUUGGAAGCCGUACCUACACGCUCUACGCAAGGUGGAAAUUCCGGGAGUUCAAUGAACUCCCCCAUGUUUUCUCCAGGAGGCUGGACGAGUCUUACCCUCUGGCUAGCAUGUACAUUGGUCAAUUCCCUAAUGAGAAAUUAGCAUUGGUGAUGCGUUUCAUAUCAUUUAUCGCUGGGUCGUUCGCGGCUGUGCUACUUCUAGCUUCGGUCCUCGACCCAGAGCUCUUUACACACUUCGAAAUUACUCCACACCGAACUGUGCUGUUCUACAUUGGAAUAUUUGGAUCGGUUCUCGCUGUGGCACGUGGGAUGAUCCCCGAAGACAACAAGAUAUUUGACCCCGAGCUGCUGAUGGAGGAUGUCAUUCAUUAUACACAUUACAUGCCCGAUGAAUGGAAAGGCCAGUUGCAUUCGCAAAAAGUGCACAAGGACUUUGGGAAGCUCUUUGACAUGAAAGUCAUGAUAUUCGCGCGAGAACUCUUGUCCGUGAUUAUCACUCCAUUCGUCCUGUGCUUCUCGCUACCAAACAGUGCCCCUGCGAUUGUUGACUUCUUCCGCGAGUUCACGGUACAUGUCGAUAGCCUCGGGUACGUCUGCAGCUUUGCAGUGUUUGAUUUCAAGCGACAUGGGAACGUGAACUUUGGAGCACCGACUAACGCCAAAGAUGAACGGUUCCUGUCAAAGGAAGGCAAGAUGGAAAAGAGCUUCCUUAAUUUCAAGGCCGCAAACCCAGCGUGGCAACCAACAGAUCCCUCCGGGUCUUUAUACCUCAGCCGAAUGGCAGACUUCACAUAUACAAGUGCAGGUGCGCGUCGGCGACAGCUAGGAGAUGGACCCGCUGGGCAUGUACGCACGCUGUCGGCGGAACAACGCUUAACGGAACGAGCACAAGGGUACGAUCGUGCACUUCGACAAAGCCAGGAUGCCGCUCUCCGGAGACGUGGUCAGCCAAGUCGUAAUUCGACAGAGACACCAAUCUCACCGCAAGGGCCAGAAGUCAGUGUAUCGCCACCUGACGCGAAUGUGCAGACUCCUAUUACUAUGAUGGGAGAGGGUCUUGCGGAGUCGAACAUCAAUCCUUUCCCUUCGCAAAUUCAUCAGCAAGGGCAAUCCGUGACUGUAGAAGAUACCUUGCGCUCGAAUGAUCUUUCGCGGGAAGGAGAGGUGCAUAGCGAGCUUGGAGAGUCGUAUGUGGAUGGAAAGAUGCAACGUGGACGGACGAAUACGUUACCAUCUUCAUCGCAGCGCGAUGAGAGUGGACCUGUUGAGGAUGGUGGUAUGCUUGGGCUCCUUGCGCAGAUCUAUGGGACGAGAGGGCCGGGUUUGCUCUGA